AGUUCCAUUCAUUUCCUCUUCAACCCAAAAUGACCUUGCUCUCCACAGGCUGGACGCUAGGGAAAGCAACAAGCUUGAUUGAAUCGCAUAGCCUGUGCUACAAUAACAGAACAACUGCGUUAUAUAUACCGGUUCAUCCACAGGAGCAAGAGUUACAUUGAGUUUGGUGGGGAAAUGUCGACCAUGUACAAAGAUGAUCAGGAUGACUGUAUGACCGUUUGCCUCAAGUAUCUCCUCAUCGUCUUCAACUUCUUGUUUUGGGUCGGUGGAGUGGCGGUGAUGGCCGUGGGCGUCUGGACCCUGGUGGACAAGAGUGUCUACCUGAGCCUGUUGGCGUCCAGCACCUUCGCCGUGUCUGCUUACAUCCUCAUCCUGGCGGGGGCCUUGGUCAUGGUCACAGGGUUCUUGGGCUGUUGUGCCGUCAUCCGGGAGCAAAGGAGCUGCCUGUCCGCGUAUUUUUGCUGUCUCCUGCUGAUCUUCCUCAUUGAGCUGGUGGCAGGACUCCUAGCUUAUGUGUACUACCAGAGGCUCAGCGGGGAGCUGAAGCAGCACCUCAGGCAGACCAUGACAGAGAAUUAUGCCCAGCCGGGCAAGGAGGCCAUCACACAGGCCGUGGACAGACUUCAGCAGGAUUUCAAGUGCUGUGGCAGCAACAACUCGUUUGAUUGGCGGGACAGCGUGUAUGUGAGCUCAGUUGAGUCAGAGGGCAGGGCGGUCCCGGACAGCUGCUGCAAGACCAUCACCCCCCACUGUGGGCGGAGGGACCACCCCUCCAACAUCUACAAGACUGAGGGUGGCUGCAUCAGCAAGUUGGAGAAGUUCCUGGCCGACCACCUGUUGAUUGUUGGAGCUGUGGGGACUGGAGUGGCCUGUUUACAGCUGGCCGGGGCUCUGUUGACAGCGUGCUUUAUGUAUCUACUCUAUAAAGAAGAGGAGGACUUCUCUACAGUGUGAUUGGCUAAGCCUCUGCCUGGUGACACUCAGUGGGGGCGGGACAAGAUCUGUGGGAUGGUGUUCACCUACUGCCUACACAAAAGGAUUAAGUUGGAGCCAUACUGAAUACGACGGCUCAGGUCCCAACACCAUCCUGCCUCACAGGAUCGAGAACAAUUAUCAUAAUAACUUGCCCAAAACCUGUCCUAGCCUCUGAACCCUGGUCCUUAUGAUCCAACACUGUAUUAACCCUUCCAGAACCUUCUGCACCCUCUGCCUUAUCUUGGACGCAUGCACAGGUCUCCACUUCAAAGACGAGGCACAUGAAGAAUAGAGUGGUAUUUUAGCAUUGUGUUACUUUGUGUUGGAAGUCUACAGCUGUUUAUUUUAAAGUGGUUCUUUCUUUACAUUGUCAAAACAGUCAAUUUUUACUGUAGAUUUCACAAUUAUCAACAGUCCAGGUAAUUGGAUGGAAAUCAGGUUUACUGCGCGCACACUCAGUGUUGUCUCUUCUUGGGAAGGUUGAUUAUUCAAUCAAAUGUCACAGAUGUGGACCAUAUUGUGCCUCUUGUCAUUUAGCUGUGCUAAUAGCUUUAGCCACAGUUAGGUUUUAACACAAAGGGGAAUCCCAUGGUCUUAUACCUUAUAUACGAGCAGAUGUAAAAAAGUGCAGAUCUUAAUAAUGGCUAAAAAUAGCAACAGUACUGUCUGUCUCUGUGUAUGGAUUUAGAUCCCCAUCUAGUGGUGGAUAUUGGAACAGCGCUCCUGUAAUUUUCCAGCCAGGUAGCUUUCAGUCACAAAAUAUAGAUGAAUAAUUUUUUAUAUUCCUUAAUAACCAAAGAACGAUAGAAAGCUAUUGUUGUCCCUAUAUAUUUGUAAUUGGCAAAAUUAUUAUCAUUUAGUUUUUAUAAUAUUAGAAAUUAAUAGCAAGAUAAGAUGGGGGUUAAAAAAUGUCAUAUUAGCUACUCUUUGUCUGUUGAUUGAGCUUUUUAACUGGAUAGACUUUAUUUUUUCUAUUUGUUCAUAUGACUAUAGUAACUUAAUGACUAAAUGAACUAUUUUGGAUUGAUAGUGUUGCUUGAUCCCCUCACAGGUAGAUACUGUAUGAAGAGGGUUAUAUAUGUAUGUUUUAAAGAAAAGCAUAUUGAAUGGACAAGCAUGCAUCUUAAAAGCAUGUGUGACAGUAGCAUUUCACUGUAUGACUGUUGUGACAAUAUAUCAAUAUACUUUCAAAAUAUAUCUUCUCAAUAAAUAUGUCUAUGUUAAUACAUAUA